AUGACGAGGAAGAAGGUGAAACUUGCUUUCAUCGCCAACGAUUCCUCGAGGAAAACCACUUUCAGGAAAAGAAAGAAUGGUUUGAUGAAGAAAUUGAACGAGAUCACGACUCUAUGCGAUAUCCCUGCAUGUGCCAUCCUCUACAGUCCAUACGAUGUCGAUCCUGUGGUGUGGCCAUCAAGCUCCGGUGUCCAAAAUGUGGUUGCUGAGUUCAGGUCAAUGCCGGAGAUAGACCAACAGAAGAAGAUGGUGGACCAAGAGACCUUUCUCAGACAAAGGAUUGAGAAAGUAACCGAGCUUCUCAAGAGACAAAGGAGGGAGAAUAGGGAGCGGGAGAUGACUGAAGUCAUGUUUCAUUGUUUGAUCGGAAGCAUGGGGACGUUUAAUCUCAAUCUCAUGGAUCUUAAUGAUUUAGGUUUUUUAAUUGACCAAUUUCGUAAAGAUGUUAAGCAUAGUCUUGAGAUCAUGAAGAAUUCUGGUAUGGAGAUUGGCCAAUCUUCCAAUGCUGCUCCGGCUGAUGCUGAGUCUGCUAAUGAAGCGAUUGGAACCAUAACGGUUGUCCCGGCUUCAACCGCCCCAACCGCUAUGGUUUCUGAGGCGGGUUCUUCCUCCUCCUCCGCGGCUGCCGCGGCAACCAAAACCAGAACCAACAACAAUGGUUUACGGAGAUGUUGA